CCCAACGCAUGUAAUGGUUUCUAUUACCCAGGUAAUUUUAUGCCAACGUUGAGAUGGUUAUAGAGCAUACCCAGCGACAAUCAUUGAGAUAAUGAUAUAUCAUCCAGGGCCUUCGAUUCUCUAGGCGGGGUUCAGCUAACAGAUACUCCUCUCGUUAUGCCACGAACACUUCGCUCCCUCUACGUUAAUCAACAUACUCAAAUAUAAGAGGCAACGCCAUCGAUCACAAUCGGAGAAGUCCCGCGUUCAUGUAACGUAACCAUGACCUCUCGCAGUUCAACAAACCUAAACAUUCAUGGUGUUCGCUGUCUUCUUCAAAGUGCCUGAUUGUUUCCAUUCUGUAUCUCUAACUAUCUACGAUUAAUCAGCUUCGAUCCUAGCGAUCAUGCAACCUAAGCCCUACAUCCUAGCGGAAACGCACAUCUCAGCUACUAUCCUAUCAUUCACAUCGGGACCUGAGCCGCAACUCAAGCUGACACUUACUCUAGUAGGCGCGCAACAACCCAUCACUAUUAGCAAAGAGUACUACCAACUAUUCACACCGAGUAAUGCCUUCAUAAUUAGUGGGGUGCCCAGUGGUCGGAAGAUCUACACUUUAUUUGUCGAUAUAAAUCAUCGCCUUGGGCCACCAUUGCACCUCGACGCUGAGCAUGCUGAUCGGUUCUUGACUCUAGAGCCUGGCAUACCAUGCGAGAUUCAUAACUUCAGUUUCCGGCCUCUUGGCUCCGAGAGAAACAGCCAGAAGGCGGCGUUGGCGCCUGAGGAUGAUAAUAAUAAGUAUCGCGGGUACAAGUUUUUGCGGCUGGGCAUGAACUGGCUAGAACCUGGGGACGAGUAUCUAAUUAGUGCGCGCCCAGGUUUACAGAUUGGGACCUGGCGCCGAGGAAGGAAAGAAGAGCUAAUGCCUUGUGCGUGGAAUACAUCGGAUGGAGAUCCACUUGAUGUUGUUCCGACUGAAGGCAUCCGGGUCCGAAUUGAGGAAUAAAUCAUUUCCACUCUUAAUAUUAAGCACAGAAAAGGCUUCAUCCAAUGGCCAUGCUUUGACCAGGGUUUGACCAGGGUUUUGACCGUGGUUGCUGGACGGUGUUCUACAAUUGAAAAUCAAGAGUGUAGACCUCGAGACGGAAGUAGCGACCAAAUCCCAUACCUACCUAGGUAGGUAAUUAAA